CUCCUUUCGCUUUUUUUUAAAUAACAACUCUCUUUUUUUUUAAGAAUGACUGCCGCCGCUACUACCGCAAAGAAGGCUGCCUCUACCAAGAAAGCCGAUCAUCCUACUGUAAGAUAUUCAUGACUUUACUCUAUCCAUUGACCGUUCUUUUUUCUUUUCUUUUUUCUAGUACGAAGUAAUGAUUAAAGAUGCUAUUGUUGCUUUGAAGGAAAGAAAGGGUUCUUCUAGACCUGCUAUUAAGAAGUACAUUUUGGCCAACUACAAGGUCUCUCCUGGUGCUCAUUUCGAUUCUCAAAUUGCUGCUGCUAUCAAGCGUGGUCGCACAAAGGAAGUCUUUUCUCUUCCUAAAGGUAAUUGUUUAUAAAAAGAGAGAGAGAGAAAGAGAGAGAAAGAGAAAGAGAAAGAGAGAGAAUGAA